CAGAGGAGCGUGUUGGAUCUCUCUUUGCAGUGGAGGUUUGCCAGGCUGCCCAACAAUGCCAAGCUGGAGAUGGUGCCGGUCUCUCACAGAGUGGAAGCUGCAAACACGGUUCGGAUCGCGUUGCAGUUGGACGAUGGCUCCCGUUUACAAGGCACCUUUCUCUGUCAGCAGACUUUGUGGGAACUGCUCAACCAUUUUGCAAAGAUGAGGGAGCUGAUGGAGCAGCGCGGUGACUUCUCCCCGGUCUGCAUUUACAUGCGAGAUGAGAUUCAGGGAAAAGAGGCGCUGGAGAAGACGACGCUGAAGUCGCUGGGCCUGACCGGAGGCAGUGCCAUCAUCAGAGUUGUCUUGAAGAAAUGCAGCCCAUCCUGUCAGGAGGAAGCUGCGGGUGCCACGGGGCAGCGCAGUGAGCUGACGGUGAGCCCAGGCUCUGCUGGAGGAGCAGCGGACGUGCCCCUACCUCAAGCAAAUGCAUCCCCAGAGGACUCAGCCCAGGGGGACGUGGCCGUGUCUGUAAACAGCCCCAUCGACGCGCAGGAUGCGGGCACAGAACCUGGUGCCAGCGUGGAGGAGCUGCAGCCUUCCCCAGAGCCCGGGGCCGCCCCCUUGGUCCCCUUCUCUGGAGAUGGACAGCGUCUGGGGGGCUCCUCCGUGGCCGCGCCGGCUCUGGGGCCAGAUCUGCCAUCUGCAAAGCUGCCAACGGCCUCCAGCCCUGGAGGCCCCUCUAAGCCAAAGAAGUCCAAGAACAGCCAAGAGGUGCACAAGGAGCAGGAGCAGGUUGUCGAGCGGGAGCCGCUCGUCUGUCACCUGGACCUCCUGGAGCCGCCUGCUGCUGCCCCCGAGGAGCUUCCCGAGGAGUUCUUCGAGGUGACGGUGGACGACGUGCGGAAGCGCCUGGCGCAGCUGCAGAGCGAGAGGAAACGCCUGGAGGAAGCUCCGCUGCUGACCCAGUCCCUGCGGGAGGCGCAGCUGAAGGAGAAGCUGCAGCGUUACCCAAAGGUGGUGCUGAGGGUCCAUUUUCCAGACCGGCACGUCCUGCAGGGGUUCUUCCGUCCCAGUGAAACCGUUGGCGUUCUGAGAGACUUUGUACGAGGCCACCUUGCAGAUGCGGAGCUGCCCUUUUACUUGUUUAUUGCACCUCCCAGAACCAUCUUGAACGAUGAAGGUUUGACCCUCUUUGAGCUGCGUAACGUGGUGAUCCCCGGGGUUCUGCUCAGCAGGACGGGGGGAUCCAGGUGCUGGGGGCGCAGGCUCCUUGCCAGGAGGGCUCCUGUGCGCAGCCGCAUCGCUGGCCCCUGUGGCGGCCCUGGUCCGUCCCUGGCGCCGCUGCCGGUGCUUGCUACGUGUGGUGGUUUCCAGUCGCGACGUUUGCUGUGGAUUCCCUGGAACACAAAGUAUGUUCAGGUGGUGCUCCUGGGGGUGGACUCCUUGGGAAAUCACUACUUGGUGCAGAACCUGGUCAGUUUUGGGGCCAAGCACCUCCCGCUGGCAGUGGCUUUCCGAGGCCGACGCGUGUGCUGUGGGGCCCGCGAGGCGCAGAGCCUCGGUGUUAGCACCGAGGAGGAGCUGUGGCUGUUGGAGAGGUCCCUGCCCGCGCUGGGCCAGCCCUGGCUGCGGAGCUCCCGUCGUCUCUGGCGGCGGCAGACCACACCGUGCUCUGCAGCCUCGCUGGAGGAGCUUUUGAUCCACCGGCUUUCCGGUCGAAUUUUCCAGGAGCCGGUUUAUGUGUUUGGGCUGCUGCCGUCGGCCGAAAGCAUCGCCCUGUCGGUCCAGGCCUUGGAUGGGGCUCGGGAGACCUACACCCCUGUUCUCAUUGCUGCUGCUGUCCU